AUGGCUCCGAAUGGGUUAACAGCUAUUAACGUGCUCAUUUACGCGUAUAUUUUGACGCGGUUGCCGGCGUUGCUCAAGGGACAGAAUCAACGCAAGCGAAGAAUUUACAAAGCGACAAUCGCGGCAAUGCUUUCAUGCACGGGCUCAAUCGUGGCCUGCAUCACCGUCUGCCUCCAACUACUACCCUGGUUCCUAUGGCAAGGCAAAAUCUGGCCCGUCUGGUGCUUCUGCUUUUUCUUCAAAGUCGGCUCCGAUCUCCACUUCAUCGGUGUGGCCUGGGUCACCUUUUUCAUGUUCAAAAAGAUGCUGCGACACAUCCUGUUGCUCCUUUUGGUUCUCGCACUGCUGGUGGCCGCGAAAGUGACGGCAAAUGCGAAGGGAACGACAAAGGUGGCAGUGACGACAAAGGCGAAAGUGACGGCAACGGCGAAAGUAACGACUCAGAAGCCAUGCAGUAAGGGUUAUCGUUACUGCGGCCCAAAGUGCGUGUCGACGGAUCUGCCGUGCUCCUCGGAGCUAUCCGAGAAAUUGGGGGAAGGCAAGCUCAUAAGUUCCGGAAAGUGCCGGCCACCAAUGGUCGAGUGCCACGGCAAAUGCACAACAUUCAACUUCCCUUGCGUUGCC